GGUUGUGUCCGGGUAAAAUGGCGUUGGAAGAAGAGUGCUCGGCGCCAACUCGAUGGCGUGCUAUAUCGCUAACACACGUCGAGUUCGCCGAGGAUGACCUGACGGGACACCUGCUGGCCUACGUCAGCCUCCUGCCCAUUGCCAUCCUCGUGGGCUUUGUUACGCUCAUCGUGUUUAAACGGGAGCUGCACACGAUAUCUUUCUUUGGUGGGCUCACCCUCAACGAGGGCGUGAACUGGAUGCUCAAGCACAUACUCAGAGAGCCGCGCCCAUGUGCAGGGGCUCACUCCAUGCUGAAGACGGACUACGGGAUGCCCUCCAAUCAUUCCCAGCUCAUCUGGUUCUUUGUCGUUUACUUCUUUCUUUUCCUUUAUUUAAGAAUGCAUCAGACCAACAACGCUCGGUGCGUGGACCUGCUGUGGAGACACAUCCUGUCCAUCGUCCUGCUGGGCGUCGCCUUAGCCGUCUCGUACAGCAGGGUGUACCUGCUGUACCACACGUGGAGCCAGGUGGUCUACGGCGGCGUGACGGGCAGCGCCAUCGGCAUGGUCUGGUUCUUCAUCACGCAGGAGCUGCUCACCCCGUUGUUCCCCAAAAUAGCGGCAUGGCCCGUGUCGGAAUACUUCCUGGUGCGCGACACCAGCCUGAUUCCCAACAUCUUGUGGUUCGAGUACACGGUGACGCGUUCGGAGGCCAGAAACAGACAACGAAAGCUCGGCACAAAACUCCAGUGAGCCCCUCGCGUGCAUUUUACAGAAAAACACUGGCGGACUUUCUGGACUCAGGUUGCCGGGUAGAAAAAAAAUAAAAAAACAAAGCAGGGAAGCGGCGGCAGUCUGCUUGUACAAACCCCAGCUUGUCGACACACACACUCACGCACACACCUCUCGUCCUUGUACAGCUCAUCCAUGCAUGCCACACCGUGCAAGAGGGCAACUAUUUAAAUAAUAGAUUAAAUAUUUGAACUAAAUGCACGCUGAUGGGUAACGUUGCUCCCGGGAGCCCAAAUGGAGGAUUUGCUCCGCCACAAAUUGUCAUACAGUCAUAGCAUGUUUUUUUUUUUUUUUUUUUCAUAUUCUGACAGAGGCCUGAUUUUUUUCUUAACGUCAGACAUUUGUGAUAUGUUAGAGAAAAAAAUGCACUUUGCGGAAAAAAAAGAAGGAACUAAUUCCGAAUGAGCUAGUUAAAUGUUAAGAAACAUCCCUACUCUCUGUCAGUUGUCUCGAUCGCGAUUAUUGCACGACUACAGGGGGGUUUGCGACGGAAUUGCGUUCCUACGGCAGUGACGUAACCCCAUUUUUUGGUAAUGCUAACCUUGCUAAAGUUAAUUUAUGACAACACACUUCAAACACAUUUGAACUAAUUAAAACACACCUUUUAAAGUAUUAAGUAAGCACCUGUUCUCACUCUUUCACCUUCAAUACAUGGGAGACUAUUGUAUAACAUCACUUUGAGGAAAGGACUCGCACAGUUCACUGACUAAGAGUCAAGGAGUGCUUGCUUCAAGCUGUUUAUUUGUCACUCCCAAUUCAAGUUCACUGUAAAAUACAUAUAAAACAAGACAAUUAAACAUUGCAUAUUUAAACACAAAAAUGUUAUUUUGACGAGCGUAAGUCUCAACGAUAAAACAUAAUCUGAAGUGGCUAACGGAAAUUAGCAUCGUUGUUAGGCGGAUUGUAAACCUUCAAACAACUGCUCAUUUAACACACAUGGAGCAGCAAAACAUUCAAUCAACAAUGGCCAUGGGUAUAUAUAAUAAUAUUCUCUCUUCUCCUUGGGAACAACUAAUAUUGCUGCAUAUUCUCCAGUAGACCUCAGUGCUGUCAUGUUGUGGAACAACGUGGUACUACGCUGAAGGCUCCUCGCUCGAAAUUUGGACUUGCCCGAAUACUGUAAAAACCAUAAAUAACGGUCGCUUACAAAUCCGCGAUCUAGCAAGGAACUGUGUAUCGCAUGUUGAAACUGCCAAGUCGGUGUUGCAAAUCUUUUCUCUCUUGCCUUACUUGGGAUAAAUAAAGGUUAGAUUAAAAAAACAAAACACUUUUGUAAACUGAGGCCCCCUUGUAUUGGAACAGUUCAACACAGCCUUUUUCAGUGUUGUUUGUUUUGGGGGAUUACUUCUCACUUUAACAGGUAAAAUGCAUGCUCGAUAGGGUUUAAGUAGGGGGAAAAUGGACUGGGUCUCUGUCAGUUGUUGUUUUAAAGCGCGUACAGCGAGACCGUCCUAAACCUUGGACCCCUCUGCAGUCAUCGUCUUUUACUACUCAUCCAUCACCUGAGUGAAAAAUUGGAGUAUAUUUGAAGAAAUCAGUUUCAUAUCAUCAUACUUUCUGGACUUUGCGGAAACUUUCCAUGGGAAUGAAUGGCAAUGAUAUAAAUGGUUAUUUUUGCACACAAUAAUAUAUACAAACAUGAAAAUGUGAGGGGGGGGGGGGGGUACUUUUUAAUUUUUAAUUUUUUUUAAUAUCCCCUCCCACUUUUCAAUGUAUUUGCUGAUAUUUGUUUACUUAUUACGUUUUAAUACAAGAAAUGAAAUUUCAGUGAAUUUCAGUAUCAGGGCGCAAUGUUUUUAUUUCAGGGGUUCAAUUCAAAAAGUGAGACUUUUAUUGUAUUGACUCACUACACACAGUGGCAUUUAUUUUAAACAUUUUAUUAUAGCUUACAACUAACAAAAAUGUAACAUUUUCCAACUCAAGAAAUUCAAAUAUUACAUGAGCAGUCCAUGUUUUUUCAUAUUGAAAUUAUGUGAGAAUUGCCCUCCUGAAAAGUAUUUCCCAUGUGUUAAUGAAUGUCAAAUUUACAAGUUUCACUUUCUAAACUGAGCUGCCGAAAUAAAGAAUGUCCUGAUUGAUUGCGAUGCACCAGCAUACAUGAUAUUAUUGAUCGUCGGCAUUUUUCGGUUCCCUUCUUUGACAAAUUUGGCAGUUUAUUCCGGUGAAUUUAUUUCCUUGUAAAGUUUCCACUCCCUGGAAUUUUGUCACUUUUACUCUUCUUUGUGUGAACGUUUGUGUGUAAAUCCACGUUUACGGAAAAGCAGGUCAUUUGUGGACCAAGGUGUUUUUUAAUUGUUAUGCCUCAUUCACAUGGUAGCAGCCCGCGAAAAGAAUGCUGGGAACUUUUCUUUUUUUUUUUUUGUUUUUUUUGUUUUUUAUAAAACGAUCAUUUUCUUGUUCUGGUUUGCUUUAUUUUAUUUUUUAUUUUUUUACAUUUCCAAGACAACAUUCCGUGUCUAUUGAAUGAGCGAGCCGAUGUACUUUUCCUUGCUUUUGUCAUCGUUUUUGCAGAAAGGGAAAAUAAUAAUAAUUAAAAAAAAAAAAGUACAUAAAGUUAGUGGUAGCAUGUGAUGUGGAAUUCCUUGGGUGGAGUUCCUGUGUACUGGGGAUCAAAGUGUCAUCAUCAGAAUCAAAAAGGGAAGUAGAAUUUCUUUUCCGACGUCUAUUCUAUAUCAGGCUGAAUAAACGCGUUUGUGUACAAAGUCGAGCUUGCGAUGUUGCAUUCAAAUGAGAUGACUCGUCUUUUACAACUCUACAUUGUCACUCCAGCAAACAUCAGUGGAGGCAUAUUAUGUCAUAAUGAGAGAAGAAGAAGAAGAAGAAGAAG